AUGCAAGCAGAGCAACAUCUAAAGUUACUUUGGAAUAAACUAGUGCUUUUAGAAAAAUCUGAUUUAAAACUUAUAGUUCCUUCAGAUGUUUCAUCAAGCCACUUUUUUUUUAGGUCGCUGAACGACAUCAGCCAGCGUACAGUGGCUCAGCUACUGGAGCUGUGUGUAACAAAAAUGUUGCCAAACUGGUUCAAUUUUCAGAGAAACGUUCUUGAACUGGGCACUCGAAAAUUUUGCCCAAAUAGGAGGACGAGGUCUAAACCAUCAAGCCGUGAAUCACUACACUUCAGUAAUCCUGAUCCAGAGUCCACGCUCGUAACCACUACACCACACCCGCAGAUCAAAUCAAAUUGA